UUUGAAUGAUUUGUCAAAUAUGUAAUAAGGGUCCAUGAGUCAGGGAAAAAGAGAAAGGUGUUUUGUGUCUCCAAUUCAUUACAAACUCAGAGAUGAUCCUUCCCUUACUCAUGUCACUCUUGACUAUUUGCAUAGCUGGUGCUGCACCUUUCUCAUGCCCCAUGGAUCUCAGCUACGUUGAGACCAUUCCAUGGAACACUUCAAUCUGCAGAGACGCAAUAGACAGCCAACCUUGCUGCCAAACUCUGUUCAGCAUCUUCGGCAUAGCCCUUGCUCAACGCCUCAAAGAAACUUCCUUUUUCUACCUUCCUAAUCAAAACACUUCCUCCACUUGCUUACAUGAUUUCAAACUCAAGCUUGAAGCCUUGUCAAUUCCACCAAAGAUGCUCCUAUUUUGCUUCCCUGACCCAACACUCUUCGUUACUAACUCUUCAUUUUGUGCUGGCAUUAGAACCACGCAAGAUUGGAGGCAAAGGGUGGGCAUGGUUACCCCAUUAGACACAUCUUGCAAUGGUGACCUCAAGGACCAAACUCGCUGCAGUAAUUGCUCUAACGCUGCCAUCAAGUUGAUUUCCAAGCUCAAGAGUAUUGACCCAAAUGCUAAUGCCACAAAAUGCUUCUACUUCGUGGUGUUGUAUGCUGCAGGUGUUGCUAAUCCGUUUGGCACAACAGAUUUAAGCACUACAAGUUGCAUACUAGGCCUGCCGCAACCUUCUAGUGGAAUCACAAAAGGGUCAUCAAAUAAGAGAGCAAAAGUGAUGAAGCUCGUUUUUUCUUUAUUGGGUGCUGUUGUUGGGGUUGUGAUUGCUUUUGUGCUGAUGGUCAUGUACAGGAAGUGGGAUAAGAGAAAGAAGGAAAAAGUUCAUCAUCAUAGACAAGUUGAAAACGAGGCCAGGGCCAGUGUUUUGCUUUUGUCUAACACAGAUGCUAAAUGGUUUGACAUAUCAGAGCUUCAACGUGCCACGGAUAAAUUUUCACAGGACAAUAUGGUUGGUCGAGGUGGUGAUGGAGUUGUGUACAAAGGGACUCUUUCAGAUGGCACUGUGGUUGCAAUUAAGGAGAUUUUUGAUUUGGAAACUAAAGGGGAUGAAGAGUUCUGCUAUGAAGUGGAGAUCAUAAGCAAAAUAAAGCACAGGAAUCUUCUUUCUCUUAGGGGUUGUUGUGUUACAAGUGAUAAUUUGAAAGGUAAGAGGAGGUUUCUGGUUCAUGAUUUCAUGCCUAAUGGAAGCCUUUGUUACCAAUUGUCACUUGGUGGGGCUAAUAGGCUAACAUGGCUACAAAGGAAGAACAUAAUCCUUGAUGUGGCUAAGGGGCUUGCUUAUUUGCACUAUGAAAUCAAACCUCCAAUUUAUCACCGUGACAUUAAGGCUACCAACAUACUUUUGGAUUCCAAAAUGAAUGCUAAAUUGGCUGAUUUUAGCUUGGCCAAGCAAGGUUAUGAAGGCCAGUCUCAUCUCACCACAAGGGUUGCUGGCACAUAUGGUUAUUUGGCACCAGAGUAUGCUUUAUAUGGGCAACUAACUGAGAAAAGUGAUGUAUACAGUUUUGGUAUUGUGAUUCUUGAGACAAUGAGUGGAAGAAAAGUGGUUGACACUUUAAAUUCAUCUGAGGAUUCAAUUACGGAUUGGGUAUGGACGCUUAUGGAAUCUGGAAAGAUGAAGGAAAUAUUUGACGAGUCAAUAAGAGAAGGGCCAGAGAAAAUGAUGGAAAGGUUUGUUCAUGUUGGAAUGUUAUGUGCUCAUGCGGUGGUGGCCUUAAGGCCAACUAUUACUGAGGCUCUUAAGAUGUUAGAGGGUGACAUUGACAUUCCCAAAUUACCUGAUAGGCCAGUACCACUUACUCAUUCAUCCUUUCAAUAUUCUCUGUUGCAUGGUAUGCAAAGAAGUGGUUAAUGAUCUAUGCCACUCAUUUCAUCUUAUUCAAGUAUAUACAAUAUAGAUACGGGUUUAGUUUCUUAGUUUGUGUUAGUAUGCAGAACUGCUUCUAUAAUGGUCUCUGUUUUGGAAGAUAGAAAACAAAGACAUAUAUGAUAUGGAAUUCUAGUUAGAUGCUAACUAAAUUAAUCAAUUUUUCUUUGUAAUUGUAUGGAA